CCGUUCCUCGAAAAGUGUGUCACCUCUUUAGUUUAGAGUGAGUUCCCUCGUAACCUUCUCUCUCUUAAUCUUUACGAACAAAGUCCAAUUUUCAGGCCACUCUGUCUUUCUAGACAUUCAGACAGUGGUACUGGUAUCUUUGUUCUAAACAAUAGGACUGUAACUGCACUCAACUAAACUAACCUUUUCAAUGGUGGCUGGUAAGGUGAGAAUGGCAAUGGGUUUGCAGAAGUCACCUGCAAACCCAAAACAAGAACCUCCGCCACUGAAGCCACCUUCACCUUCGCCUAGCUCAGCCAAGGGCUCUUCUCAAAAGCCAGCCUUUUCACGCUCAUUCGGCGUAUACUUCCCUCGCUCCUCCGCACAAGUCCAGCCUCGCCCACCUGACGUCACCGAGCUGCUCCGCCUCGUCGAAGAGCUCCGAGAGAGAGAAUCACUCUUAAAGACUGAACUUCUUGGUCAGAAGCUGCUAAAAGAAACGGUAGCCAUUGUUCCAGUUCUUGAAAACGAGAUCUCUUCUAAAAACGCUGAGCUUGAACGCUCUUUGAAAAUGAUCGAGUCUUUGCAAUCGGAAAAUGAAAGACUAAAAGAAAUGCUCGAGGAGAGUAAGAGAGAAAGUGAAAGGAAAAUAAAAGAAAUGGAAGAAGAAAUUGAAGAGCUGAAGAAAGCGGUGUCGGAUCAUAGCAAAACAGAGUCAUCAUCAAUAGAAAGUGACGAGCUUUCUUCUUCUCAGAGGUUUCAGGGACUUAUGGAAAUCACAGUGAAGUCAAACCUCAUCAAGAAUUUGAAAAAAGGAGUUAAAUGUGCAGAAAGUUCUGUUUGUUCAAGUUCUGAUACUAAUAAUCAUAAGCUUGAAAGGCAAGACUCCAAACGAGAAGACUCAGAAAGCGAGAAACCUACAUAUUCUCACUCGCGGUGUAACUCCGAAGAACUGGCUUACUCGUUCGAGUCGACUCAUUCCAGUAUCAGAUCCCGUGUUCCUCGUGUUCCAAAUCCACCGCCAAAACCAUCUUCAGCUGCCUCAGUUUCAUCUCAUAAUAAACUUACAUCGGAAAAACAGAUUCCGCCCCCGCCACCGCCGCCACCUCUUCCUAAACCACUUCCUCCCCUAUCAAAGUCGGCACCUCCGCCGCCUCCGCCGCCGCCGAAGGGACUAAGAGUGGGUUCAGCGAAGGUGAGGAGGAUUCCUGAGGUGGUAGAGUUUUACCAUUCGUUAAUGCGGAGAGAUUCGCGGCGGGAUUCCGGGGCCAGUGUGGCGGAAGCAUUACCGGCUUCGGCAAAUGCGCGUGACAUGAUAGGCGAGAUUGAGAACCGGUCGGCGCAUUUACUCGCGAUAAAAACAGAUGUAGAGACACAGAGAGAUUUCAUCAGGUUUCUGAUCAGAGAAGUAGAAAAUGCUGCAUUUACAGAUAUUGAGGAUGUUGUUCCAUUUGUCAAAUGGCUGGACGACGAGCUUUCUUACUUGGUGGAUGAAAGAGCUGUGCUUAAGCACUUCGAGUGGCCGGAGCAGAAGGCGGAUGCAUUGCGGGAGGCUGCAUUUGGAUAUUGUGAUCUCAAGAAGCUCGAGUCUGAGGCUUCUUCGUUUCGUGAUGAUGCCCGCCAGCCAUGCGGUCCUGCCCUCAAGAAAAUGCAGGCUCUGCUUGAAAAGUUAGAGCAUGGUGUUUACAAUCUCUCACGAAUGAGAGAAUCCGCCGCUAAGAGAUACAAAGGUUUUCAAAUUCCCAUGGACUGGAUGCUGGAAACUGGAAUUGUAAGCCAGAUUAAACUGGCAUCUGUUAAAUUAGCUAUGAAGUAUAUGAAGAGAGUUUCCGCUGAGCUUGAAAUGGUUGGUGGUAGCCCCGAAGAAGAGGAACUAAUUGUGCAAGGUGUUAGAUUUGCUUUCCGUGUACAUCAGUUUGCUGGAGGAUUUGAUGUGGAAACAAUGAGGGCAUUCCAAGAGCUGAGAGAUAAAGCCAGAUCAUGCCACGUUCAAUGCCAAAACCAACCUCACCAGAAAUUUGUAUGCAGGUCUACAACUUGCUAAUCUGUAGCAAACUUAGCUUCAGAAAUGCCACCAGUUUUUCUGUUGUAAAGAUAGAACACUGUGUCUGUGAAUACGAUUGCAAGAUCCCACCUUGCAUUAAGAUGGAUUUAUCAUUUAAUUAUUAAAGUAAGAUUAAAUGAUCCUAUAUCAACAAUUUAUUUUUU